AUGUUGUUUGAUGAUGUUUUAGAACAAAUUGGCGAAGGAAUUUUUCAAAAAUUUGCAAUUAUCGUUUGCGGAUUGGCAACUUUGGCUGAAGCCAUUGCUACCACAUCUGUACCUUUUGCCAUGGUUUUAGCCUCUUGUGACCUUGAUAUUACCGUCCAUCAGAUUCUUGGUUUAAAUGCCACUUUUUUAACUGGUACUCUGAUUAGCGGGUAUUGGCUAGGUGGUAUAUCCGAUAAUUCCGGUAGAAAAUAUAUAUUAUCCACGACUAGUAUAAUAACUUUUGUCGCAUGUUUUGUGGCAAGUUUUUCACAGUGUGUCAUUAUGUUAUUCGUUUCUUUAUUUAUGUUAGGAUUAGGAUUAGGAGGAAAUCAUUGUGCGACUCGAGUAUUUAUAAUCGAAAUAUCACCCAAAUCAUGCCGAGGAGCUCGAUUUAUAAUUCUAGAAGUUUUUUCAGCACUCGGAUAUUCUUUAGCAAUCGGUUUAUCAAGACUUUUAGUGCCUCCCAUGGCUCGUAAUUUACUAGGAAAUUAUGUCCGAUUAAAUUCUUGGAGAGUUUUAUUCGGUUUAAGUGGAUCAUUGAGCAUUUUUAGCGCUUGUCUCAUGUCUGUGUUUCCCGCAAGUCCAAGAUGGUUGUUGGGAAAAAAACAAGAAGAAGAUGCUCUUGAUAUUCUACGGAAAAUCUACGCUGUUAAUAAUGUUAAACACGAAGAAUCUUUUCCGGUUUCUCAUUUGGACCCGAUUACUUAUGUAAAUACGAGAUCAGAAUCUCACGUUUAUCAAUGUAAAAAUCCAAUGGCUCGAAGUUUUAGAAGCAUUCGUAUAUACACAAAACAAUUAUUUACAAAAAAAUUAAUCACAACCACUCUAUCAUCGAUUUUAAUAAAUACAUUUUUAUUUGAUGGGUUGGUUAUGUUAAACAUAUGGUUAGGCGUUGGUAUAUUUUCUGGAAAUUUAAAUAAUUGUACUUUAAAUGGAGGUUGUCCAGUUGCUGGAGAUUCAUUUGAUGAAAUGUGCAAUUCAGACAAAUUAGAAAAUCUAUUUAAAAUAAAUGCAUAUUUUUCAUUGUGCUCAUUUAUCGUUUUUCUUCUUCUAUUUAUAGCGGAUAAAAUUCCAAGAAAAAUAAUUUUAAGCAAAAGUACGGCAUAUGGAUUUAUAAAAAUUUAUCCGAAAAUAUUAUUAAUUUUUUUAUCAUUAUUUCUCAAAGGAAAUUGUAAAUGGUCAUUUAUUACCUUUGGUUGUUUUUUUAUAAGUGCUGGAGUCAUGUCUUCGUUUUUACCUAACAUGAAUUUAGAACCAAUGCAAGAUUGA